GUUCGAGUCCUCCCUCCCCCGUUUCAAAAAGAAAAUUAUGGUGCAAUGAAUUUGGUCUUGAUUUCCUUUUAUCACAUGAUCCUUGACUUGUUACUUCAUACUUUCCUUUGAAUAUCUUAUUGUGAUCUAGAGAUUUAUAAUUAAAUUUGUAAAAUUAAACAUAUGAGCAAAUUAUUAUGUUUCAUUAUACAAACAAGUGAUCUAGGUUAAUUAUAUCAUACAUGCAAUUUAAUAUGUAAUUUUUAUAUGAAAAAAGUAGCUUGACCAACUAUCCACUCAAAAUUAACAUGUCAUUUUUUUUUUGCUGUAAAUGGUCGUUUUUUUGACAUGAAUUGAAUGAUCAAUUAAUCGGUUAUCAACGAUUAUUUUGAUCAAUUCUAGGUUUGGUUUCUACGAUUUUUUAAACACCCCUAGACUCAUCUUUUAAUUGGUAAUUCAAUUGGGUGUUUAGUUGUAUAAUUGAAAAGGCAAUGAUAAGAGGAAAGGUUUCAUGCAAUACAAGAGAACGAAGAAACUUAUUUAAUAGAAUAGGGUUUAAUAGGAUGAACAUUAUUUGUACCCAUUUUUUAUUAAGUACAUCCUACUCUAGUAUGUUUUUAAAGGGUUAAUGGGGUGUACUUAAUAAAAAAUGGGGUGUAAAUAAUGUUCAUAGUUAAAUAGUUUUAUUUUAAGGUUGCCAUGCGUUAUAGAAGCUUCAAUUGCGGCCCAUUAGCCAGCUUGAACGGGCGGUCCAAAAGAUUCUCAUACAGCUUAACCAAGCAUUUUAUUUUAUAUAGGCCAGCUGGCCCAUUAAUAAAUACAAUUUAUACUUUAAUAAUUAAUAUUACUUGAUUUUAUUAACAUAAUCUUGCUAUGGUAUCAGGUGGUAUAUUACUUGUAACUUUGUUUUCAUCUCUACUCUAGGCAAAUGUGUAUUUCAUAUAUGUCUUCUUGAUUGUUAACAUGAAUAUAUUAGGAUAAUAUUAGCCGAAAAUUGGGUCGGCUAAUCGUGCUUUUAUGCUGAUGAGAAGAAUCUUAAUUAGAGUAAUCCAGAUUGCAACAAAAAUGCUGGUCGUGUUUGGUAGCCAAAGAUUCUACGGUAAGAAUUAGAAGACAAAGAGUAGGUACAAAUUUGUGUUUUGUGUGUUUUGUCCAAACAUUGAUUUUUUUUGCAGAAUUUAGAAUUUGUGAAAAUAACAAAUUUAUUGUUUAGCAUAUAAUCAAUCAAAAUAAAUGCAGCCGUUUGUGGGGAAUUUUUAAUUAGGGUUCCUAAGCUGGAUUAUAUACCCAAUUGAAAACUAAACAAAUUUUUAAUUCCGGAAACCCUAGGGGGUUCAAUUUCUGAUUAAUUAAUUGAAGAUUCAUUGUGAUUGCUCUAUGUUGACAUUGUACUAUGCCUCCUUCAUCCAAUACAACUUUACAAAAUCGAUUUCAUUUUUUAAUUUCUGGGUUUCAUUGAUAAUAUGUAUAUGUAUAAUUAUUACAUCAUAUAAAUAUAUAUAAGCUUAGAGAAAAAAAAAUCAUAUGCAUAUAUAAAUAUAUAUAUAUAUAUAUAUACGAAUUCUCUUGUUUGGACUUUUAGACUUUUAGUAAGGACUUAAAAUGCGGGUCUAUGUUUUCAUCAUUGAUUUGAAAAUUAUGAAACCUAAAACAGUGACCCCACUUGUAAUUCCACUUAUCAAUACCUUCAAAAAGUGAUCCGUAUUUUAAGUCUUUAUUUUUAAGUCCGCAUAAGAGAAUUCAUGAUAUAUUAUAUCUAUAUAUAUAUUAUAUAUAUAUUCUUCUCAAAAAAAAAAAAAUUCUUGUAUAAUUCACCCAAAACAAGAAAACCCUUGAAGCCAACCAUAAAUACAGAUUAAACAGGAGAUGGUUCUUUCCAAGCCCAAUUUCUUCAUUGAAUACGAAGUCCAAAAAAGGAGAGGAAGAAAGUGAUGAGUCCUGGUCUCUUGUUCGGAGGAGUAUUCAAUGGUGAUGAUGUUAAGGAUGAGGAAUUCAAUGGUCUACAUCCUAACCAAUCUGUCAUCAGUUGCUGCUAUUCACUCCCUUUUCUUCCAGCACUUGAGAAAACUAAUUUCAAUGACUUUUCAUCCAAUUUUGAUGAAACCAGAAGCCACAAAAGGCUGAGGAGAACACCAAGCCUUGAUGAAUCCUCUAAUGGCUUGAACACUACACUGCCGCGGCUUCAGUUUCGCGAUCAUGUAUGGGCUUACACGCAGCGAUACUUGGCGAUUGAAGCAAUGGAGCAAGGAAUCGAGGAUGAUAAUAUGGAAGUCAGUGGUAAUAAUACUGAUGGCAUGAUAUUAGUCCAGCAACUCAUUGCUUGCGCUGAGGCUGUUGCUUGUCGCGACAAGCUACACGCUUCAGCAUUACUCUGCGAAUUAAGGUCCAAUGCACUUGUGUUCGGAACAUCGUUUCAAAGAGUUGCUUCUUGUUUCGUUCAAGGCCUCGCGGACAGGCUUGCGCUGGUUAACCCUCUUGGCGCAACCACCACUCGCUCCAAUGCUGCUUUGAUCAAGAAGGACGAGGCAUUACGCCUAGUCUAUGAAAUCUGUCCGCAACUCCAGUUCGGGCAUUUUGUUGCCAAUGAGUCGAUAUUGGAAGCAUUUGAAGGAGAGAGUUCUGUUCAUGUGGUAGAUCUAGGCAUGACCCUUGGCUUGCCUUUUGGGAAUCAAUGGCGUAGCUUAAUACACAGCUUGGCAAAUCGGGCUGGUAAACCACUUCAGCGCCUGCGAAUAACAGGCGUUUCGAACGAUGCUGAGCGACUCCAAUCAAUCGGAGAUGAACUCAAUCUUUACGCGCAAAGUUUGGGGAUCCAAUUUGAGUUCCAAUAUGUUGAAACCAACUUAGAGGACUUACAAGCUAAGCACUUCAAUUUAUACAAAGAAGAAGUUCUUGUCGUCAACAGCAUUUUAGAGCUACAUUGUGCAGUGAAAGAAAGCAGAGGAGCAUUGAAUUCUGUUCUGCAAGUUCUCCACGAAUUGUCACCAAAACUUCUGGUUUUGGUGGAACAGGAUUCGAAUCACAACGGACCCUUUUUUCUUGGGAGAUUUAUGGAGGCAUUGCAUUACUAUUCAGCUAUUUUUGAUUCUCUAGAUGCAAUGCUGCCUAAGUAUGACACAAGGCGUGCGAAGAUUGAGCAGUUCUUUUAUGCAGAGGAGAUAAAGAACACUGUGAGCUGUGAAGGGCCGGCGAGGGUGGAGAGGCAUGAGAGGGUUGAUCAGUGGCGGAGGAGGAUGAGUCGAGCCGGGUUUCAGCCGACACCGCUGAAGAUGGUGGCAGAUGCUCGGGAGUGGUUGAAGAAGGGUAAUGUUUGUGAGGGUUUUACGGUUGUGGAGGAGAAAGGGUGCUUGGUUCUUGGAUGGAAGUCUAAGCCUAUCAUUGCUGCUUCUUGCUGGAAGUGCUAACGCAGAGCAAUCCAAUCAAGCACAAAGUUUGGCUAUCGUUUGUAAAAAAGGUGUUUAAUUUUUUAUGAGAUAAAUAAGAGUAAAAGGUAGAUGCG